UAUAGAAUCGGGACAGUUCAACAGUUUGUCUCAACUCUACCUGCCUCCGCAAGACCGUUUUAUUUAACGAGGAAGCAGACUAUGUUCAUAUCAUGACUUGCCCACUCGGCUGAGGUGUCAUCUUCAUCUGAUUGUUUCCUCCAUGGGUGUGCGUGUUGGCACUAACCUGGACUUCCCAACACCUAGUGUAUUUCAACAGACCAAACAAAGACUACAGUCUUUCAACUUCUAACUCAAACUCUUUGGGGGAUAACUGCUGUAGAAGACACUAAAUCGUCAGUGUCUUUGUCUUGGAGGUUGUCAAGAAAAUUAGGAUUUGGUAAGGGACUGAAAUCCGAUCUCUGUCAACAUGGCCGCCAGCAUGGACACGGUAGACGUACUGGUUGUAGUUCUGUACUUCAUCCUGGUUCUCACCGUGGGGUUCCUGGCCAUGUGGAGAGCCAAUAGGAGCACAGUAAGCGGUUACUUCCUGGCUGGCCGUUCAAUGAACUGGGCGAUGAUCGGUGCGUCUCUGUUCGUCAGCAACAUCGGCAGUGAGCAUUUCAUUGGCCUGGCUGGUUCUGCAGCGGCCAGUGGUCUCGGUGUGUCCGCCUGGGAGCUGAACGCCCUGCUGUUGCUGCAGCUCCUGGGCUGGGUGUUCAUCCCCGUCUACAUCCACUCAGGGGUCUACACCAUGCCCGAGUACCUGGCCAAGCGCUUCGGAGGGAGACGUCUGAAGGUCUACUUUGCUGCUCUCACCCUGCUGCUGUACAUCUUCACCAAGCUCUCUGUAGACCUCUACUCUGGCGCUCUCUUCAUCCAGGAGUCUCUGGGCUGGGAUCUCUACCUGUCCAUCAUCCUCCUCAUCUCCACCACGGCUCUGAUGACCGUCACGGGCGGGCUGGCGGCCGUCAUCUACACGGACGCUCUGCAGGCCUUCCUGAUGAUCUCAGGAGCCCUGUGGCUGGCAGUGCUCAGCCUGGACAAGGUGGGAGGGCUGGAGGGCGUGUGGACCAAGUACAUGCAAGCAACGCCAAACGUCACCGCCAUACUGUUGGCGUCGCCCAGCAACCUAACAUACUCUCCCUCCUGCCACAUCACCCCCAAGCCCCAGUCUCUGAAGGUGCUGCGCGGGCCUCUGGACCCAGACCUGCCCUGGCCAGGCUUCAUCCUGGGGCAGACCCCAGCCUCCAUCUGGUACUGGUGUGCAGACCAGGUCAUCGUGCAGAGGGUUCUAGCCGCAAAGAACAUCGUCCAUGCCAAGGGCUCCACCAUCAUGGCUGGCUUCCUCAAGAUCCUGCCCAUGUUCAUCAUAGUCAUCCCAGGGAUGAUCUCCCGGAUCCUGUUUGUGGAUCAGCUGGCGUGCAUCAGCCCUGAACACUGCCUGGAGAUGUGUGGGUCGAGGGCGGGCUGCACCAAUGUGGCCUACCCCCGCCUGGUUAUGUCUGUGAUGCCCGUGGGCCUUCGCGGCCUCAUGAUGGCGGUGAUGAUCGCAGCUCUGAUGAGCGACCUGGACUCCAUCUUCAACUCUGCCAGCACCAUCUUCACCCUGAACAUCUACAAGAUGGCGCGGGAGCGGGCGUCGUCACGGGAACUGAUGAUGGUCGGCCGGGUGUGCGUAGUCGUCAUGGUGGUCAUCAGCAUCGCCUGGGUACCCGUCGUCGUGGAAAUGCAGCGGGGGCAGAUGUUCUACUACAUCCAGGAAGUGUCCGACUACCUGACCCCGCCCAUCGCCGCCAUCUUCCUCCUGGGCAUCCUCUGGCGCCGCUGCAACGAGAGAGGUGCAUUCUGGGGCGGCAUGGUGGGGUUUGUUCUGGGGGUGACGAGGCUGGUGCUGGCGUUCGUGUACCGAGAGCCUCUCUGCGACCAGCCGGACCAGCGGCCAGCGUUCAUGAAGGUCCACUUCAUGUAUGUGGCUCUGGUUCUGUUCUGGGUGUCGGGGCUGGUGACGGUGGUGGUCAGUCUGGGCUCCCCGCCCCCCAGCGUGGAGCAGGUACGCACCUCCACCUUCUGGGGGCUGCGUCACAGACACGCCUCCUCCAGCACCGACAGCCCUGAGGAGGGGUGGAGCGGCCCUCGCAGCCGGCGGGACAGGAGCCCCGGCAGCCAGUCACCCACGGGACACCACAACGGCACACUCUCCACCACCACACUCUUGGGUCAGACCGGUAACGGUCACACCGGAAUGAUAAGAGGGGGGGGAGAAGGAAGCGUGUGGGAGAGGGCCCUGGGGUGGUUCUGUGGGUUCCAGGAGCAGCCAGGGGAGGAGCAGCCCAGACAGCCCCCCCAAGAGAAGAGGCCAGGGGAGGACAUGCUCCUGGAGACCCCCAGAAGCAGGCUGCUCCUCAACCUCGCCAUGCUGCUCAUCAUCUCUGUGGGCUUCUUCUUGUUCAUCUACUUCUCUGUGUAGACAGGAUGUUUAUUUCAUUUUAGCUCUUUAUCUCGUCAGAAUCAGAAGGUAUUGCCAAGUAGGUUUACACUUACAAGGAAUUUGCCUGGGUAAAUUUGACAACUGUUUGGCAUAAAAAGUUUUAGAUACAGGGGAUAUGCAUUUUUGUACAUGUUACAUGCUUAGUGGACUGUGUAUUUACCUGUGACAGUACCAGUACCAGUACAGGUCCAGACAAUACCAGUACCAUACAAGGCAACACCGUGUACAGUUGAAACAGGUGAGAUGUGUUGGUUUAUUUCAUUCAUAUUAUAGAAUAACUAGAUGUUGGGCAAGUGAACUAUAAAACAAUAUCUAGUAAAUAUAUAUUUUGGGUUAUUUGGAUAGGCUUAAUAUACUGUAUCUAUCUUAUGAGGCGCACAGUAUAUGAGAGAUGAGUACAAACAAGGAGCUCACACUGACCAGCCCCUUUACACUUUUAUAAAUAUCCACCAGCAAACAAAGAGUUUUUGAGGGCAAAGUCAUGGUAACUAAACACUUCAUUUCUACCACUGAAACAUCAUCCAGGUGUGGGGAAAGCCAACACAAAAUGUACCAAUUCAGAAUGUAAUAAAGAAAAACACUGAAGUGAAA